GUCGAUGGCCGUGAGAAAAAGCGCUGGCCACCUGCACCGCUCAGCACCCUGGAGAUGCAGAAACGUGGGACAAUGUAUCUCAGGAUUCCUGGAGAGCGGCUCAUGAAGUACGCAGAGGAGCUGUACCAGGCAGGCUACAUCAGCUAUCCACGCACAGAGACAGACGUCUUUGAUCCUGCAAUAGACAUACGGAGCCUUGUCAAUGAGCACGUGCAGGACAACCGUUGGGGAGCACACGCCCAAUCCAUUCUUGACGGGACCAUGUGGAAGCCGCCAAGGGGUGGUGGCCACGACGACAAGGCUCAUCCACCCAUACACCCUACACGCUAUUCUGCGGGAGAGCCUGAAUGGGACACUGGAAAGAAGAAGCUAUACGAGUUUAUCACCAGAAGCUUCCUAGCGACCUGUUCAAAGGACGCAGUGGGCUUUCAGACGAGCGUCACCAUCGACAUCGCCGGGGAGUCUUUUCACACAGCUGGGCUGACAAUACGGGAGCGCAACUGGCUGGAUGUGUAUCCAUACGAGAACUGGGGCGGAAACUCAAACCUGCCUGACUUUCAAGAAGGCCAAACAUUUCUGCCAACACAACUGCUGCUCAAAGAGGGGAGGACUCAGCCGCCCCCCAGGUUGGCAGAGAAGGAUCUGAUCGGUGCGAUGGAAAGGCAUGGAAUAGGCACAGACGCCACCGUCGCUGAGCACAUACAGAAGCAGCUUGACAGGGGGUAUGCAGAGAAGAAUGCAAACUUGGAGUUUUGGCCAACCACCUUGGGCGAGUCCCUCAUAAGUGCCUAUUGCAGGAUGGGACUGGACAACCUGUGGAAACCAGAUCUGAGGGGGCGCAUUGAAAGCGGCAUCGGCGAGGUGGCAGCGGGCAGGCAAUCGAAGCAGCAGAUUUUGCAUCAAGCAAUCACAGCCUUCCGGGAGGACUUAACACUGGCGCAGCUGCGAUCAGGAGCCAUGGUGAAUGAGAUAGGGCAGUUCUUUGACGCACUGGCAGGCCAAGGCCAGCAGGAUGCCGCUCCCGGCGCGUCCUCCUUCGACAUCGGGCCCUGCAAGAAGUGCGGCAUGCUGGUCUCCCUCCUGUGCCCGGCCUCGGGGCCGCCCUCCGUUCGCUGCGCCGGCCUUGGCCCGCUGUGCGACACCAGCCUCUCCUUCCCGCGCGCCGUCUACCGCGCCUCGCCGCACGCCGCCCUCUGCGGGGGCUGCGCCCACGGGCCCGUGAGGCUGGUGCGCCUGGAGUUCCGGGUGGGGCUGCUGCCAGCGAGCGUGCAGCAGCGCCUGCCGGACCCCACGCGCCACGUGGCCUGCGUGAUGUGCGGAGACGAGGUACUGGCAGGCCUCAGGGAGGAGUGCGGGGCGGCCAGGGGCAGGAGGCGAGGUGGGGGCUUCUCGACAGUAUCGACAGCCACAACGCAGGGCGGCUCCAGAACUGGCCAGCACGCCGACGUCAGUGAGCAGCAUCGCACCGGGGGUUCCAAUCAAUCUAGUCAGCAGUGGGCCCAGGGCUCCAACCAGUCCAAUCAGCAGUGGGCCCAGGGUUCCAGUCAAUCCAAUCGGCAGUGGGGCCAAGGAUCCAACCAACCCAACCAACAGUGGGCCCAGGGGUCCAACCAAUCUAACCAGCAGCGGGGCCAGGGUUCCAGUCACUCCAAUCGGCAGUGGGCCCAGGGGUCCAAUCAAUCUAACCAGCGGCGGACCCAGGGGUCCAGCCAGGCGACGCUGCAUUGGGCCCCGGGGUCCGACCAGGGCGCACACACCUUUGCGUACACGCUGACAGAGUCUGACAGAGGGCCAGACGGCGGCGGCGGUCACCGGGGUGGCCGCACGCAGAACUCAAGAGGCAGAAGGGGGCGAGGGCGCAACACUGUGGCACGGGGCCGGAGGGGUGGCAGGGGCGGCCAGGCGGGAAGGGGGGGAAGGGCGAACGGCGAUGAUGGUGCGCCAAGGUGUCCCAUGCACGACCUCCCGCUGCUGGUGUUGACUGCAAGACGAGGUGCGCACGUGGGACGGCGCUUUGUCAAAUGCCCAAACUCCCCGGAGCGCGACCAGUGCCUGAGCUUCGCAUGGGAGGAUGAGUACGGCGGCGGCCAGGCCUCACAGGGCGGCGCAAAUCGGGGUAGGAGGGGCAGGGGCAACGCCGACGGGGGGUCGAGAGGAUAUACGUUCGCCAACGCUGCCGGCGACGCUUCAAACGUUUGUUUCAAGUGCGGGCAGCCAGGCCACUGGGCACAGGACUGUCCCAGCCGAUGA